GUUUUUAUUUUAAACAUAAAUGUGUAUGGUUCUACUUUCUCUUAAACUAAGCGAUGAGUAACAACGUUAAAAUUUUAGAUUUAUAUUAAAAUUAACAUGGGCUGGAAUUACGAUAACCGUCCAGAUAACAGUUUUCCAAAUUUCUUCCCAAGAAUCACUGCUAUUAAGAGCAAAGAGUUCGGGUAGUAUCCACCAAUGCGUCAUGACUAACUCCACUGGCACUCCAUCCCCCUACUUUGGAUGGGCGGACUACAGUGCCUUCGGUCUGAUGGUGGCAUUAUCCACAGUAGUAGGUGGUCUCAUUGGCGUGUGUGGUAAGCAGGACACCAAAGCCGACUACCUCCUGGGUGGCCGAUCCAUGAAGGUGUUUCCCAUUGCCGUCUCGCUUGUGUUCAGUCAGCUAUCUGGAAUUGCGCUGAUCGGAGUACCGACUGAGGUGUACACUCAUGGGACGCAGUACUAUGCUAUUUCGUUCAGUUUGGUGAUAGCUAGUCUAAUAAACAACUACCUGUUCCUGCCUGUUUUCUUCGACCUGAAGCUCACAUCUACUUACGAGUAUUUGGAGUUGCGCUUCAACCAGAAAAUACGCUUUCUUAUGUCUCUACUUUUUGACAUAUCAAUUUUUCUAUACAUCCCGAUUGUCCUUUACGUACCAGCAUUAACUUUUAAUCACGUGUCUGGAAUAGAUGUACAUCUCGUGACAUACAUUGUUUCAAUAACAUGUAUAUUCUACACAAUGCUGGGUGGACUAAAGGCAGUCGUGUGGACUGAUUUCCUGCAGUCGUUUGUCACGGUUGGAUCAAGCCUUAUCGUUAUUGCCAUCGGAGUGGCGCACGUAGGAGGAAUUGGCGAAGUGUUCAGUAGAAGCUACGAAGGACAGCGCCUGGAAUUGUUCAACCUUGAUCCAAGCCCUUUGGCCCGGAACACAUUCUGGACUGUGACCUUGGGGAUGACCUUCGCCUGGCUUUCUUCAAUGGCGGCGAGCCAGGGAAUGGUGCAGAAAGUCAUUGCGCUGCCCGACAUUACCAGCGCUAGGAAGUCGAUUUGGUGGUUUUGUGUAGGGAAUAUUUUCAUGAAAUCGGUAAUGGUGAUGGUUGGACUGACAAUUUACUCUACAUACUACGAAUGCGACCCAAUUAAAUCAAAGAAAGUCAACAAACCCGAUAAUGUUGUGCCAUACUUCGUGAUGGACACCGCGGGCUCCAUUCCUGGUCUGCCCGGCUUCUUCAUCGCCGGCAUCUUCAGCGCCGCUCUCAGCACCAUGUCGAGCGACCUGAACUGCCUCUCCGCGACCCUGUACGAGGACGUGCUCCUCCCGUGCGCCGGCAAGAAGAGGGAUCUGGAGGAGAGAGCUCACGUCAUCCUCAAGACAAUAGUGGUGGUGUUCGGCUUGCUGUGCACCCUGAUGGUGUACGUGGUUGAGAACUUGGGCACAAUAUUUGAUCUCUCCAUGUCCGUCAGUGGAAUUACAACUGGAGCAUUUUUAGGCGUGUACUGCUUAGGAAUGAUGUGUCCUUGGGCGAAUGCAAAGGGUGCGCUGGCCGGGACGACCGCCAGCAUCGUCCUCAUGAGCUGGAUAGUGCUCGGUGCGGAGAGAGCCGUGGCCGAGGGUUCGCUCACGUACCCGCAGCUGCCGCUGUCCACGCAGGGGUGCGCCGGCCACAACGGGACCGCGCUCGUCUCCUUCGUGGAGAGCGCGCAGAGCGGCUCUGCCACCACGGAGGGAGUGUUCUUCCUGUACAGACUGUCGUACAUGCUGUACAGCGUGGUGGGCGCAUUGGCCGUGCUGGUGGUGGGGCUGGUGGUCAGCUGGGCCACGGGCCUUACCGACCCGCGCGGUGUGGACCCGCGCCUGGUGGUGCCCUUCAUGCGGGGGUUCACCGGCCCUGUGGCGCGCCCUCGCGAGGAGGAGCUGCUCUGCCACAGCCUCUCCACCUGCUAGCGCCACCCUCCACUGUGCCCUGGGUCCUGGUGGUGCCCUUCACGCGGGGGUUCACCGGCCCUGUGGCGUGCCCUCACGAGCAGGAGCAGCUCAGCCACAGCCUCUCCACCUGCUAGCGCCACCCUCCUCUGUGCCCUGGGUCCUGAGAUGGUCGUGCCUGUUCGUCUGGUUCCAAAUGCUUGACGCAGCUCUCAUACUUAAACGGGCAGCUUUGAUAGGCAUAUUGCGAAGCUAAUUUAUUUCUGAAGGAACAAUAACAUGACUUUAAUACAAAAACAUAAAUACAGAAAAAGAAUUUUACCUUAUUUAUUUAUAGUAUCUGUGUUAUGUGUCAUUAAAUUGUAAUAUGAUAGGCCUAAAUUGUUUUUAUUCGUUCAACAAUUGGUUCUGCAUCAACCUUUUUGGUACCGAUUAAUGAUGUAGAGGUUUUUAAAUGAUUUUUUUUAAUAGUUUAACCUAGCAGCCUUAAAAUAUAAGUUAAAAAUGAAAACUUAUUCAAAUCUCUUAUGUAUGUUUUAGUUUCUUCUUUGGAUUUUUUUUUAAAUAUCUGCACCUAACUCACUAGCGAGAGUUAUAUUAUAUUGGGAGCAAGUCGGCACCAAUAUAAUUCAAACCCACUGCUUUCGUCGUCGGUGUAAAAUUUUUAUCAAUAAUUUUUACAAGUUUUUAGGCCUAAUGUGUUUUCUCGGAAUUUAAAAUUGGAUAAAAUCCCAUUCUGGUUGUUUUUUCGUGUAAUUAUGAUCUCAUAUUUGUUGUCUGUUCUGAAGGUUUUUCUGUGACAUACAGUGUAAAAUAGUAAUGGUGUGUGCUCAUAUUUUUUUAAAAUUAAUUAUUUCUUUUGCAAGGAAACUUCAAAGAAUGUAUGCUAUUUACGUUUUCCUUUUGUAAUAAAUUAAAAGAUGUAUAAAGAUAUUAAUUUGUAACCUAAUGAAUAAUUUAGACGAUAUCUUGCAGACUGCUAUACAUUAUUAAAACGCUUCACAUUA